AUGCCUCGACCAAAGAAAAACAACAGCACUCAAGAACAAUCAGGCUUUAACAAUAAUGAAAAAUAUGCAAAGUUUAACACUAGUUGGUUUAAUGAAGCGAUGACCAGGGAACACAAUAAAUAUUGCACAAGUGCACUCAAAAUAUUAAAACGUCACCCGUCUGCUGCACCUUUCCUAGAACCUGUAGAUCCGAUUAAACUUAAUAUUCCUGAUUAUCCUGAUAUUGUAAAAACGCCAAUGGACUUUAGUACAGUUGAAAAAAAACUUAACGGUUAUGAUUACAAAUGUGUCCAUGAUUUUAUAAAUGACGUUCGGCUCAUAUUCUCAAAUUGUAUCGAUUAUAAUGGUGAACGACAUCCGUUUUCAAAAUUCAUUAAAGAUUUAGAAGAAAUAUUCACCGCACAACUUUCUAAAAUGCCUGGUGCUAAAAUUACCACUGUUGAUAAGCCUGCUCCAGUAAUUAAAGAAGAGGUAAAUUUAAUAAUUUACGUAUAA